AUGGAGCCCGCCGCCGCAGCCCCGGCACAGCGACUCGCCGAGCCCGCGCCUGACGACCGAGCCCCGGCGGCGGCGGCGGCCGAGGGCGGCCGGAGUCCGGAUCCCGCGCUGAGCGCCGCGGCCGCGAGCGGCGGGAACGGCGGCGCGGCUCGAGAGGAGGCCCCCCGCGAGGCGCCGCCGGGGCCGCUGCCCGGCCGCGCGGGAGGCACCGGGCGCAGGCGGCGGCGCGCGGACGUCCCGGGGCCCGCGGCCGGCGGCGGCGGCGGCGCCAACUCGCUGCUGCUGAGGCGAGGGCGGCUGAAGCGGAAUCUGUCGGCCGCCGCCGCCGCCUCGGCGUCCUCGUCGCCGUCCUCGGCGUCCUCGGCCGCCGGCGGCCUCCCGGCCUCCUGCUCGGCCUCGGCGUCGCUGUGCACCCGGAGCCUGGACAGGAAGACGCUGCUGCUGAAGCACCGGCAGCUGCUGCAGCUGCAGCCGUCGGACAGGGACUGGGUGAGGCAGCAGCUCCAGCGGGGCUGUGUGCACGUCUCCGACCGCCACAUGGCCUCGUCCUACCUGCGCCCGGUGCUCUGCACGCUGGACACCACGGCCGCCGAGGUGGCGGCCCGGCUCCUGCAGCUGGGCCACAAAGGCGGCGGCGUGGUGAAGGUGCCGGGCCAGGGGCCGCCUCCCGCCGCCGGCGAUCAGACCGCGGACGGCGCGCUCGGCCGGCGCCCGGGCCACCCUCCCGGUGCCGUCGGGGCCCCCUCGCGCGCGCCCCCCGCCGACCUGCCGCUGCCCGGGGGUGCCUGGACGCGCUGCGCACCCCGCCCUAGCCCGGCGCCCUCGGACUCCAGCCCCGGGGAGCUGUUCGCGGGCGGCCCCGCUUCCCCGGCCCGCGCGCCUCGCCCGGCCUCCGACACCGAGAGCUUCAGCCUGAGCCCCAGCGCCGAGAGCGUGUCGGAUCGCCUGGACCCCUACAGCAGCGGCGGCGGCGGCUCCUCGUCGUCGUCGGAGGAGCUGGAGACUGACCCGGCCUCGGUCUCGACGGGGGCUCCCGGGCCGCCCCACCGCCCCGGCCGCCCCGGGCCGCCUCGGCCGCCUUCCCCGAAGACCUCGCCUUCGCUGCAGCCGAAAGCCCCGAGGGCCAUCGAUGGCGCUGGCGCGAUGGCCGGCGAGGGUCCCCGAGAGGAUAAGGCGGUGGCAGCUGCAACUCCGGGCGGUCCUCUGUCGACUCCGGGGAGGAUCCGAGAGACCGCGCAGAAGACGUCUUCGCCGCCCCCCCUGUAUGUGCAGCUCCAUGGAGAGACUACCCGGCGCCUGGAGGCGGACGAGAAGCCAUUGCAGAUCCAAAAUGACUACCUCUUCCAACUGGGAUUUGGGGAGCUGUGGAGGGUGCAGGAGGAAGGCAUGGACUCGGAGAUUGGUUGCCUCAUCCGGUUCUAUGCAGGAAAACCUCAGAGCACUGGGAGUUCGGAACGGAUUCAGCUCUCAGGAAUGUACAAUGUCCGAAAAGGCAAAAUGCAGUUGCCAGUGAAUCGGUGGACAAGACGCCAGGUUAUCCUGUGUGGGACGUGCUUGAUAGUAUCAUCUGUGAAAGACAGCUUGAGUGGGAAGAUGCAUGUUCUACCACUGAUUGGUGGGAAAGUGGAAGAAGUGAAAAAGCACCAGCACUGUUUAGCAUUCAGCUCUUCGGGGCCCCAAAGCCAGACUUACUACAUCUGCUUUGAUACUUUCACGGAGUACUUAAGGUGGCUGCGACAAGUCUCCAAGGUUGCAUCCCAGCGCAUAAGCUCAGUAGACCUCUCGUGUUGUAGCCUUGAGCACCUUCCUGCCAACCUCUUCUACAGCCAAGACCUUACUCAUCUCAAUUUAAAACAAAACUUCCUAAGGCAAAACCCCAGCCUCCCUGCUGCCAGAGGACUUGGUGAACUACAAAGAUUCACCAAACUGAAGAGCCUUAACCUUUCCAAUAACCACCUAGGAGCCUUUCCAUCAGCGGUCUGCAGCAUUCCAACCCUAGCAGAGCUGAAUGUAUCUUGUAAUGCCCUGCAAGAAGUCCCAGCAGCUGUUGGAGCUAUGCAGAAUUUGCAGACGUUCCUGCUGGAUGGGAAUCUUCUCCACUCUCUCCCGGCUGAGUUGGAGAAGAUGCACCAGCUCAACUAUCUGGGUCUUUCCUUUAAUGAGUUCACUGACAUUCCAGAGGUACUGGAGAAGCUGACUGCUGUGGAUAAACUCUGCAUGGCUGGGAACUGUAUGGAGACCCUCAGGCUACAGGCUUUAAGAAGAAUGCCUCAUAUUAAACACGUGGACCUAAGACUGAACAUCCUCAGAAAGCUGGCAGCAGAUGGAGUGGACUUCGUGCAGCACGUCACUCAGCUUGACCUGCGAGACAAUAAACUUACUGAUCUGGAUGCCAUGAUUUUCAACAACAUAGAAGUUCUGCACUGCGAACGGAAUCAGCUGGGGACAUUGAACAUUUGUGGCUAUUUCCUAAAAGCACUCUAUGCUUCUUCUAACGAGCUCGUUCAGCUUGAUGUUUACCCGGUUCCGAAUUACCUGUCUUACAUGGAUGUCUCCAGAAACUGCCUAGAAAAUGUGCCUGAAUGGGUAUGUGAAAGCCGGAAGUUAGAAGUUUUGGAUAUUGGCCAUAAUCAAAUAUGUGAACUUCCUGCCCGCUUAUUUUGUAAUAGUAGUCUCCGGAAAUUGCUGGCAGGACACAACCGGUUGGCAAGGCUCCCUGAAAGGCUAGAGAGGACAUCGGUGGAAGUCUUGGAUGUACAGCAUAACCAGCUCAUUGAACUCCCACCUAACCUCCUCAUGAAGGCCGACAGCCUGAGGUUCCUGAAUGCAUCUGCGAACCAACUGGAAACCCUGCCUCCAGCCACACUGUCUGAGGAAACGACCAGCAUACUACAGGAGUUGUACUUGACAAACAACAGCCUCACGGAUAAGUGUGUGCCCUUGUUAACAGGGCACCCACGGCUGAAGAUCCUGCACAUGGCCUACAACCGGCUUCAGAGCUUCCCAGCAAGUAAAAUGGCAAAACUAGAGGAACUUGAAGAAAUUGAUAUCAGUGGGAAUAAAUUGAAAGCCAUCCCAACAACAAUCAUGAAUUGCAGGCGCAUGCAUACAGUGAUUGCUCACUCCAAUUGCAUCGAAGUGUUUCCUGAAGUGAUGCAGCUCCCGGAAGUCAAGUGUGUGGACCUGAGCUGUAAUGAGCUAAGUGAAAUCACGUUACCAGAAAACCUGCCACCUAAACUUCAAGAGCUAGACCUUACUGGAAACCCUCGCCUCACCCUGGACCACAAAAGCCUGGAGCUGCUGAAUAACAUCCGCUGCUUCAAGAUUGACCAGCCUUCAGCAGGAGAUGCAUCUGGAGCCCCAGCAGUAUGGAGUCAUGGUUACACUGAAGCAUCAGGAGUAAAAAACAAGCUGUGUGUGGCAGCACUGUCUGUGAACAACUUCCGGGACAAUCGGGAGGCCCUCUAUGGUGUGUUUGAUGGAGACCGGAAUGUGGAGGUACCCUACCUCCUUCAGUGCACCAUGAGUGACAUCUUGGCUGAAGAGCUUCAGAAAACGAAAAAUGAGGAAGAAUACAUGGUCAAUACAUUUAUUGUCAUGCAAAGGAAGCUGGGCACUGCUGGGCAGAAGCUCGGUGGUGCUGCCGUCCUGUGCCACAUCAAGCAUGACCCUGUGGACCCAGGAGGACCCUUCACUUUGACCUCUGCUAACGUUGGCAAGUGCCAAACGGUUCUCUGUCGAAAUGGGAAGCCACUGCCUCUGUCCAGGUCAUACAUCAUGAGCUGUGAAGAAGAGCGGAAGAGGAUUAAGCAACACAAAGCCAUCAUCACUGAGGAUGGCAAGGUCAAUGGAGUGACAGAAUCCACACGCAUCCUGGGCUACACCUUCCUCCACCCCAGUGUGGUGCCUCGCCCCCACGUCCAGUCAGUGCUUCUGACUCCACAGGAUGAGUUUUUCAUCCUGGGCAGCAAAGGGCUCUGGGACAGCCUAUCCAUUGAAGAGGCCGUGGAAGCCGUGCGCAACGUGCCGGAUGCUCUGGCUGCUGCCAAGAAGCUGUGCACUCUGGCCCAGAGCUACGGCUGCCAUGACAGCAUCAGUGCCGUGGUGGUGCAGCUCAGUGUCACUGAAGACAGCUUCUGCUGCUGCGAGCUCAGUGCUGGAGGGAGCAUGCCACCCCCUAGCCCCGGAAUCUUCCCAUCCUCUGUCAACAUGGUAAUCAAGGACCGGCCCCCAGACGGGUUGGGUGUGCCCUCCUCCAGCAGUGGCAUGGCAUCCGAGAUCAGCAGUGAACUGUCCACCUCUGAGAUGAGUAGUGAGGUGGGCUCUACUGCCUCCGAUGAGCCCCCAUCUGGAGUCCUGAAUGAGAGCAGCCCCGCCUACCCCAACGAGCAGCGCUGCAUGCUCCACCCAGUCUGCCUGUCCAACUCCUUCCAGCGUCAGCUGUCCAGUGCCACUUUCUCCAGCGCGUUCUCCGACAACGGCCUUGACAGUGAUGAUGAAGAACCCAUUGAGGGCGUCUUCAGCAAUGGCAGCCGGGUAGAGGUGGAAGUGGACAUUCACUGCGGCCGGGCCAAGGAAAAGGAGAGGCAGCAGCACCUGCUGCAGGUGCCAGCUGAGGCCAGCGAUGAGGGCAUCGUCAUCAGUGCCAACGAGGAUGAGUCCGGUCUGUGCAAGAAGGCGGACUUCUCCGCUGUGGGGACCAUCGGGCGACGGCGGGCUAACGGCUCCGUCGCUCCCCAGGAAAGGAGCCACAAUGUGAUAGAGGUUGCCGCAGAUGCCCCUCUCCGAAAGCCGGGGGGCUAUUUUGCAGCCCCUGCUCAGCCAGAUCCGGAUGAUCAGUUUAUCAUACCGCCGGAGCUGGAAGAGGAAGUCAAAGAAAUCAUGAAACAUCACCAGGAGCAGCAGCAGCAGCAGCAGCUGCCACCACCCCCCCAGCCGCCACAGCCACAGCCACAGAGGCAGUUCCAGGCGGAUCAGCUGCCAGACUGUUACGACACGCCACUAUGACCCAGUCUGGGCACUGUUCUAAACAAUAAACUAACCAGAAAGACUGAGAGAGUCUCCCAGGCUCACGUUAAACCAGGGCUGUUACCUCCUGCCCUCCUCCCAGACACGCCCCGCCCGCCUCUGCAGCUCCUCUGUAGGUUCUCUUUGUAUUGGUUACUUUUAAUAUUUACCACUUUUCUCUAGUGACACUUUACCAAUAUGACUUAAAUUUGUUAACUUCCUUCCCUAACAUAUCAAAUGUGUAAAGACAAAGAACAAAAGGUUUAAUAUAUUACAGAGAAACAGUUAAUGAUAAUGUAAUAUUUUUAAAAAUGGCUUUUUGUUGUUUGGUUUGUUUGGAAGGCAGGGCAAAUUGUCAUUGCUAAAUGAUUUAAUAAUAUUGUAAUUGUGUAUUUCUUUGUGGGGAAAGGCUUUUUUUUUUUUUUUUUUUUGUCUUGAAAAUGAUAGACAUUUGUAGAAUAUGGAGACUAACUCCUAGGAGUUGCUUUACUCUGUCAGGUGACUUAAGUCACUGGGAUUCACUAAUUUUCUCUGAGAGAACAGUUGAUUGAGAAAUUCCUAUUGUAAAUAGCUCAGUGUUACAUAGUGAAGCUUAAAGUGUUUGUAGUCUCGGUAUAAGGACACAGCCUAAAUAACUGACUCCCAGCCCCUCUGAAAAGCCUUCCCCGCCCCAUCCCCCCCUAGCUCAUCUUCAGUGUGGGCCAUUUGCUCAGCGUGUUUCUGUGCAGAUAAUACGGUCCUGCCCUUGGGAUCCCAGAACCUUUUACAGACAUUUUUAAUUGUGUCCCUUCCUGCUGCCACAAUCAGCAUGACUGUACAGAGUCCCUUAGACCAUCCACACAUCCAGAGCUAUAUUGACGCAGAAUGCACAAAUGGACAUGGCAUAAUUUUUGUUAUAAUAAAUACGAAAUUUACAAAUA